UGGGUAAACCGAGAGCUCCGCAAAUCACUUCGAUCUCCCUACUUAAACUUGACUACAGGAGCUUAAAUUAUCAAAUUCACUACAUUUUCUACACAAUAGCAAUAUCCCGCAGGCAGAUUUGAACCAAACGCCUACAAUGGCGGAGAACAAGCAACCCGUGGGCCUGCUCUUCGAUAUCGGGGGAGUUUGUGUGGUCUCCCCCUUCCAAGCAAUUCUAGACUACGAACUCGCCCAAAAUAUCCCCCCAGGAUGGGUGAACUUCAGCAUCUCCCGAACGUCGCCCCACGGCAGCUGGCACAAGCUAGAGCGCGGCGAGAUCAAAAUGGACGCCGACUUCUUUGCCAAUUUCAACAAGGACCUACGAAGGCCAGACCUCUGGGAGCAAUUCAGCGCUAGACUACGACAGAACAAGGCACACGGUACUGCCGCUGCUACGUUCCCGCCGAUGCCAGAAGUGGAUGCGGAAUGGCUUUUCUGGGAGAUGAUGCGGAUAUCUCGCACGCCGGAUCCGUACAUGUUUCCGGCGCUGAAGAAGUUGCGGGAGUCGGGGAAGUUUGUUGUUGGGGCUUUGUCUAAUACGGUCAUAUAUCCUGAAGGGCACGCGUAUAAUGAGGAUGCAAUUGGGCUUAGGUCGCAGUUUGAUUUCUUCAUUUCGUCGGCGCAUACGGGGCUCAGAAAGCCAGACCCGAAGAUCUAUGAGGCGGCAUUGAAGGAAAUGGAUGCGUUAGCGAAGAAGAAGGGAAUUCGGGGUGCUGGUGCUUCGGAUGUUGUCUUUUUCGAUGAUAUUGGUGAGAAUCUGAAGGCUGCUAAGAAGGCUGGGAUGCGGACUGUUAAGGUCACGCUUGGGAAGACGCAGGAUGCGGUUAGGGAGUUGGAAAAGAUUACUGGGAUUGACUUGUUGGAGGCUCAGGAUAAAGCGAGGUUGUAGUUUCAUCGAAACUGACCAAUGGCAUUUUAGAUCUAAACAGUAAUAACUAGAGAGGUUGAUAUGGAAUACUUGUGAAUAGAUUAAUUAACCUCUGAAUACCAG